CAGAGGUAGCGUUUACGCAAACCUAGUAGAAUUGUUUACAUAUGAAAGAGUAGGAACUUUGUAUAGGAAAGUGUAUGGAUAAGCCCCUUUUAUCUUUGAAAAGAUAGUUACAAGAAGAUGAGCAAGAUUAUUAGCCUAGGAAUAUGGGCUCUUGGCUUUUUAUUGUUGGCAAGCCAAAGGCAUUCACCGUUGCUCUCCAAUAUGGGAUUAUCCGUGCUUGCGUAUAAAGCAACAGCGUUUUUCAUUCCUCGUGUUGGAGCGGCUUUCAUACGUCGAGGAUUCGCAGGAAAAGACAUGAACAAGAUUGAAAAACGCGUGAUCCCAGAAACUAUGGGAGCUGUAUCUGCUCUAGUAUAUUUCAUGUGCAUGAUACUAUUCAUCCCGAUUUUAUUUUAUAAGUAUUUAGUUCCUGAACGAUCUCGAGACCAGCAAGAUGACCAACUUAAUGUCUUGAAUGAUGGAUACGCUUCCGUAGCUAAAACUCAGUUUCCACAUGAUCAGCUAGGAGCGUAUUUAUCUGCUGUUAUUUCCAUUCUAUCGAUUUCUUUACUUGGUAUAUUUGACGACUUAUUUGAUAUUCGCUGGCGCCAUAAGUUCUUUCUCCCAGCAAUAGCAGCUAUUCCUUUGCUGGUAGUUUACUAUGUUGAUUAUGGAGUAACGUAUGUGUCUGUUCCCACUCUUUUGCGGCCCUUCUUGAAACGCACUGUCGUGGAUUUAGGAUUUCUGUACUACAUUUACAUGGCAGCGGUUGCUAUUUUCUGCCCAAAUAGUAUCAAUAUUAUUGCCGGCGUGAACGGUGUAGAGGCGGGACAAUCAUUCGUAAUUGGUCUCGUCGUCCUUUGCAAUGACUUAAUUAGCGUCUUUCAUCAAAGCAAUACUGAAGCUAUGCGUGCCCAUCUACUAUCUAUCUAUCUGGUCCUUCCUUUAAUUGGUGUCACUGCUGGUUUAUUAGAAUACAAUUGGUGGCCUUCCCGUGUUUUUGUUGGUGACACGUUUUGCUAUUUUGCGGGAAUGGUGUUAGCUGUUGUCGGCAUUUUGGGACAUUUCUCAAAGACACUAAUGUUGUUCUUCAUUCCACAGAUCUUUAACUUUAUCCUCUCAGUUCCUCAGCUCUUUGGGUUCGUUGAAUGUCCUCGCCAUCGGUUACCUCGACUGAACGUGAAAACUGGAUUGCUAGAAAACUCUUACACGGAAUUUACUGAAGGGAUUCCUUUACCUAAAAAGACUUUACUAACAAUACGUGUAUUUGAAGCACUCUAUCUUAUCCGUGUUGACUGGGAUCAGAAAACAAAGAAGCCUAUCAGAUGCACGAACUUCACCAUCAUCAACUUUGUUUUAUAUCAUUUUGGUCCUAUGAGAGAAGAUCGGUUGACACUUUGCAUCAUGGGAAUUCAGCUAGUUGUGGGUAUAUUUGGUUUGGUUAUACGACAUGGGAUUGCUCCAUUAGUUUAUCCUCAAGACAGUAUUUAGCAUAUUCGCUAUACAAAUACUUGUUGCUCCAAAGUGUAUGUUACUCGUUCUUCAAAUUUUUACUCAUGUCUAAAUAUAGAUUAUGGAAGAACUAAGGCCAAAGAAGGAUUUAUCAGCUAAAUUUCAACAAAUCUCUCUCUUUUUCUUGAAUUCAUCCACGGAGGACUUCAUAUACCCCGUGUUUAAAUUACAUAUCAAGUUUCAAGGUGCUGGUUUAUGAAUUUACGCAUCGAAUAACUUGCAUUCUUUUAUUUAUUAAUAAAAAAAUCUUCUUAUUUUUUGUUAUUUCAAUAUAAAUUUAUUUUUCGACAGUUU